ACAAUCAAACAAAUAGAACUGUAAUAGCUAUAGGAAAAAGGAAAGAAUAAUUAAUAUUAUCCAUCCAUGAUGUCACAAGAGAAUAAUAGAAAUAUUGAUGAAUGUUUAUUAAGGAGUAGUACAAUUGCAUCCACAACGCCUACAUCAACAACAAUAACAAUGUCAACAACAGCAGGAUCAAAUACAACUAUUAUGUCAUCAAAUCCUAUGAAUACAUUAAUUAGUAAUCAGGAUCAACGUGCAUCUGGUGAUAUAGGUGAUGAUUCAUAUGCCAAUGGAAAGAUGAUACAUCUUACACAAUCAAAUGAACAUAUAACUACUAGUAAUACGAAUGUUAUAUAUACUAAUAAUAAUACAACAACUACUACUACCUAUGAUAUAACGAAUAAUAAAACAUCUACGACUACUCCUACUACUAAUAUAAUUAAUAGUAGUAUAAAAAAGGAUGAUAAUCAACGUCUAUUCCUCAAUAAGUUAAUAAAACCAUCAUCAACAACAAUAAAUGGAUUCACUAUGGAUAGAGAUCUUACCGAUAAAGAUUUACAAGAGAAAUCAAUCACAGAUACAACAAAUGAUUCAACUACUUCAUCGAUCUCACCAUGUUCUGAUAAUAAUUCCGAAAAUAAUCUUAUCAAAUUGAAUGCGUCUAAUUCAUCUUUACCGCAUCGAAGUAAUCAAUCACACCAACAAAAACAACAAUAUACUACUAACAAUAGUCUAGUCAGUAGUAAAUUCAGUGUUAAAGAAAAUUCGGGCAAAAUCGAACAAGAACAACAACAACAACAGAAAUCAAUAACAUCUGGUAUAAAUCAUAUGAAUUCAACCAAUGAAGAACAAUAUAAUUUUCAAGAAAAUAAUUCAGUCAUUACAACAUCUACAAAAAUGUUAACAUCAUUAGGCAAAACAAUAAAAAAUCCAGAUUUAAUAAAUCAUGAAAAGGUGAACAGCUUCAAAGAAGAUAUCAAAAGUUAUACUACAGAAGGUCAUGAUAUCGAUCAUAACAGUGGUGGUAAUAUUAACGAAAGUUACAGUAGUGUUAGCAGUGGCAAUCAAAAAAUCAAUACUUCUACUAAUAGUAAUAGUAAUACAGGUGGGAACAGUAAUCAUGGAAUAUAUUAUUUACAAAAUGGGAUAAAAUCAAUAAAUACAUCAUUGUCAACCAAUGAGAACCACGAUACACACCAACAGCCUCAACACCCUCAACAACAACAACAACAGACAACACUGACUAAUUCGUUAGGCCAAUCUACAGAAACAUCAUCUUUUUACAAUCAUAUCAACAAUAAUUAUGGACGUCGAAAUCUCUUAACUAAUCGAAAAUCAACUAUGCUUAUCAAUAAUAAUAAUAAUACAAGUAAUCCUAUGAAUACUAAUAUAAAUUAUACUAAUAGUAAUGGUACUGGUACUAGUCCUAAUAAUACAACACCAACCUCGACGUAUGAUUAUAAAUCAACUCGUAAUUCUGUGAAUUAUCCAGUCCAGGAAUCGAUUCCAGUGAAUGGUAGUCAUGAUGAUUGGGCAAUACAACUACAACUACAACUACGGAGAUUAACGCCUAACAAUACCGCAUACAAUACUAUUGAUAAUCAAAAUAUCGAUCAUGUGAAUGAUAAUAGUAGUGGUAAUACUAAUACUACUACUUCUAGUAAUAAUAAUAAUAAUAAGACAAAUUUAAUUGUGAAUUAUCUACCGCCAUUUAUGACACAAGAAGAAGUGAAAGCUUUAUUUUCAAGUAUUGGUGAAGUUGAAAGUUGUAAGUUAGUCAGAGAGAAAGUGACUGGUGAAAGUCUAGGUUAUGCAUUUGUCAAGUAUAUUAAUCCAUAUGAAGCAGAGAAAGCGAUACGUACAUUGAAUGGUUUACGUUUACAGAAUAAAACAAUUAAAGUAUCAUUAGCACGACCUAGUUCAGAAUCAAUAAAAGGUGCAAAUCUGUAUAUAUGUGGACUGCCAAAAAAAAUGACACAAAGUGAAUUAGAAGAAUUAUUUAAUCAAUGUGGUCGUAUUAUUACAGCACGUAUAUUAUAUGAUAAUAAAACAGGCUUAUCACGUGGUGUUGCCUUUAUUCGAUUUGAUCAACGUCAUGAAGCUGAAUUAGCUAUACAUCGAUUAAAUGGUUAUCAAGCUCCAUCAGAUCAUCCAAACGGCCUACCGAAUGAACCAAUCACAGUGAAAUUUGCUAAUUCACCAAAUUCAAUAAAACAUGAUAGUUUUAGUUUAGUCCUGUUGAAACAAGCUGCCCAGUUACAAUCAGUUGCUGCCUCUGUGGUUAGUCCAACACCAACACGUAGUGCUGCUGCUGCAAGUGCUGCCGCUGCGGCAACAGCAGUUGCAGCUGCUGGCCUAUUAAAUCCUCUACAACAGAUAGCAUCUCUUUCCAAUCGUUUAAAGUAUUCUAGUGUACUAGCAGGGAAUUCACCUGUAUCGCCAGGUUCACCUGCUGCUACAGCUGCUGAUUUUCUUCCAGCAAUGGCUAGUGCUGCAGCUGUUGUCAAUCCAUUGUUAGCACCAGCUGUAGCUGCCAGUUCUGGAGCGCUAACGUCAACCGGUUGGUGUAUAUUUGUAUAUAAUUUAGCUCCAGAAACAGAAGAAGCUAAUUUAUGGCAAUUAUUUGGUCCAUUCGGUGCUGUACAAACAGUGAAAAUUAUUCGUGAUCCAAUGACUAAUAAAUGUAAAGGUUUUGGUUUUGUUACAAUGAGUAAUUAUGAAGAAGCUUUGCUAGCAAUACAUUCAUUGAAUGGUUUUGCCUUAGGUAAUCGUGUAUUACAAGUCUCUUUUAAAACAACACCAAAUAGUAAAUUACGUUCAUCUACAUCGAAUACACCACCACCGCCGCCAGCUGCACAACCGCCACUGCAAACACAACAGCCACCUUCAUCAGUGCCACCACAAUCAGAAUCAAGUCCACUGCCUAAUGGAACAUUGAUAAAUAAUCAAUAUUCAACAACAAAUGAACAAAAUGGUUUAAAUUCAAAUGAAUUUGUGAAUAAUAAUCUAUCAUCAAAUCAUCGUUCAAAUUCAACACAACCGCCAAUUACAGACACAUCAAUUAAACAAACACCUGUUCAAUAUUCCAAUGGUACAUCGAAUCAUUCUUCAUCAAUGAAUAAUAAUGUAACGAAUGAAAGUAUAAAUAAUAAUCCUAAAAAUUUAAAAUCAAUAUUAAUGAAUAAUAAUCCACAUGAUAUACCAAAAGAGUUAUCAAAUUCAUUUUCUGGUGCAUUAACUAUACAACAAUCAACGCAUUUGAAUUCAAUGAUGUCAUCAUCACCGGAUAAAUCAAAAAAUGUAUCAAAGAAAACCAAUUUACUUAAAAACUCUUCAAUAAAUGGACAAAAUUAUGAUACAUAAAAAGGAUAGAAAAUGGAUUCUUUCAGAUUAAUCGAUAGAUCGAUCGAUAAAUAGAUAGAGAGAGAGACGGACAGACAGACACAAGUGCACACAUAUAUACUGGUGUAUAUAACCUCAUCUAUACAAUAUUAUACAAUAAAUAUGUGAUAUACAUCUAUAUUUGAGUAAACUAAAAUGCCGUGAAGUGAAAUUUCACGAUUUAUUUAUUUUUCAUUUCAUCAUAAUUUUAUUCAUUGUAAAAAAAUUAAUUAACUACCCCCUAUCUAUCCAUAAAACAUACAUAUAUAUAUAUAUAUAUCUACAUGCAUGAAACAUAUAUAACUACAUAGAUACAAUAAUAUAUGCAUAACAUACUAUAUAAUAUAUAUUAUUACUCACUCAGUUAGUUAAUUUGGUUAUAUAACUCACCUUUUUUUCCUUUUAACUAAUUGUAUUAAUUAAGUUGUAUUCAAUCAAAAGUUGAGUUCAAUGAACAAAUGGUAUAAAUAUUUUAUAUUUUUCUGUUCUUGUAUUUUUUUGGUCACUUAAUAUUUGUUUCAUUAUUAUUAUUAUUAUUAUUAUUAUUGAAUUUCUUCUAAAUAGCGCAUAUUUAAGUAGUACUGAAGAGAAAGGAAGAAUGAAGAGAAAGCGGUAAAUGAGUUGAAAUGCCAGAAACUUUGAAUUGAUUUUUCUUCGUCUGCUUGGUCAUGCUUCUUCUCAUCUCAUUAUUACUAUUAUUAUUAUUAUCAUCAUCAUAUUCUUUCUAAUGGAUGUCAUAGCCUUCGAUAUUGCUAAUACAACUGAGUUGGAUGAUAUGAGAUGCAAUGAAAAAAACAAGGAGAAUUCAUGAAAUUCCUUUAAAGAGACGAAGUGUGUGUGUGAGUGAGAGAAGCAAACCUAAUGCUUCACAAGACAGAGAGGAAACAUGAGUCAACAUUUCUAUAUGAGAAUAAUAAUAAUUGGUCAAAACUGAUACGAAUGACCAGACAAUUGCUAUAACUAUAUAUCUCAGUUUAGCCUUUUAUUCGUCUCAACAAAAAUAAGCCAACUGAAUAACUAACUAACUAACUAACAAAACCUGACAAUGUGUUACUGUAUAUUCUAUACACAACAAUGUCAUUUUAAUCAGUUUGAUGCUAUGAUUGUACAUAGUUUACCGCUUCUUCUAAUUGUACUUCACAAAUGAAUUUUCAUGUUCAUUUUGAAUAAAAUAUGUUUUGAGUAAAAAGGAUUUUUGAUUUUAAUAGACUUAGUUUAGUAAUCCGC